AUGUCGCCUCCGCCAGAGUUCUGUCAGCCUCCGACCAAGAGCUUCAGCGUGGCCGUCGUCGGGGGCGGUAUCGCCGGCCUGACCCUCACCCUCCAACUGCUCCAGAGCCGGAUACCUGUGACGCUCUACGAGCAGGCCGCCAAGUUCAGCGAGAUCGGGGCGGGCGUGUCCUUCGGCCCCAACGCCCUCCGGGCCAUGUCCCUCAUCUCGCCGCACGUACGGCAGGCCUUUGAGAACCAUGCGACGAACAACCUGUCGGAGGACCACCGGAACGUGUGGUUCGACUUCCGGUACGGCGAAAGCUGCGGCGGCAGGCACCGCGAGGGCGAGCUGAUCCACCGCCAGGUGUGCGAGACGGGCCAGACCAGCGUCCACCGGGCGCACUUCCUGGACGAGCUGGUCAAGCUUCUGCCGGAAGGGGUCGCCGUGUUCGGAAAGCGGGCGGUGGGCUACGAAGACGACGGCGCGCGCGUGUCGUUGAGGUUCCAGGACGGCACGACCGCCGUCCACGACGCGUUGGUCGCCUGCGACGGCAUCAAGUCCAGGCUGAGGAGCGUGAUGCUCGGCGAGGGCAGCCCGGCCUCCAAGGCCGUCUUCUCCGGCAAGUACGCGUACCGCGGCCUCGUCCCCAUGGAGGAGGCGGAGCAAGUGUUGGGCGAAGAGCUGGCGAGGAACAGCCAGAUAUACUCUGGACGGCACGGGCACAUCCUGACGUUCUCUGUGGCGAAGGGCAAGAUGAUGAACGUGGUUGCUUUCCGCAGCGCGGACGAGUGGCCGUCGGACAACUGGGUCGUGUCCGUGGACAAGGAGGCCAUGCUCCGGGACUUUGAGGGCUGGGGCGACCAGUGCCGCAAGAUCAUCCAGAUGAUGCGCAAGCCCGACGUGUGGGCGCUCUUCGACCACCCGCCGAGCCCGACCUACUACCGGGGCCGGGUCUGCCUGCUGGGCGACGCCGCGCACGCCUCGACGCCGCACAAGGGCUCCGGGGCGGGCAUGGCGAUCGAGGACGCGUGCGUCCUGGGGAACCUGCUGGGCCUGGUCCCGGACGCGCGGGGCCCCGGGGGGGGCGUCGAGGCGGCGUUCGCGGCGUACAACGCCACGCGGCGCGAGAGGUCGCAGCGGCUCGUGGUCGACAGCCGCGAGCAGGGCCGGCUGUACGACCUGGAGCUGGGCGACGACCCGGCGUGGAUCGCCGAGGACCUGUCGACCCGCAUGGACUGGGUGUGGAAGUACGACCUGGCGCAGGAGCUGGAGCGAGGCCGGAGGGAGGUUGAGAAGUACCAGAAGGCGUCCGACACGCGGGCACAACUGUAA